CUCCCACGAAAGGCGUUGAUUUAUUAUAAUCUGUUCGCACAAUGUAACCGCCAUAACGCGACCGUCAAAACGAACAGGAAAUUAAAUUACAGCAGCCAGUAAGCCAAUAUAGUUUCAUGUGACAAGACUGGUAUCAAUGGAAUUAAACCAAAUUCCCCAUUUACCAAUCGAUGCUGAAAGCACAAGACAAAUUCGAAAUCGAACAAAAUUGCAGAAGUGCCUUUUACUUGGAUUAAUACUUGCAAGUGUCGUCAUUCUAGCGUUCAUUGUUCAUACGGUACGAAUUGAAAUUGAAAAUCGAGGUACCUGCGGCACACCUGAAUGCAUGCAGAUAGCCGCGCGGGUAUUGGAACAUUUGGAUAAAGACGUAGAUCCGUGCGAAGAUUUCUAUCGCUUUGCGUGUGGGAAGGUGGCGAACGUAACGUCUACAGAAAACUAUCCCAAGAGGCUUUUGAAGAAUAAAAUUUCGCAACGGUUGCAAGAGUUGUUGGAAGAACCGAUUGACGAAACCGAUAGUCCCAUCUUUAAUUACGAGAAAGACUUCUAUUCGGCUUGUAUUGCUGAUAAAAAAGGCGCUCAGUCGCUUAAAACCUUAAAAGAGAUUUUUAAUGAUUUAAAUGGAUGGCCGCUUGUUGUUGGUAGUAGCUGGGAGGAACAGAGUUUCGAUUGGUUGGAGUGGGUGUCCAAAUUUCGGAAAUAUGGACUGAGGCAUGAUCAAAUUUUGGGAUUUGAUGUUAUGGUCGACAGUAUAAAUCCCAUGAAACAAAUUGUGAAGCUUUAUCCGCCGCCAUAUAUGGGCAUGCCGAAAGGAGUUAAAGAAGUUGCCGUAAUGUUUGGUGCUAAUGAUGACGUUACACUUGAUCGAGAAAUUGGAGAUAUGUUGGAUUUUAUGAAAAAAAUUCAAGAGAUCAGAGUAAAACACAUAAAUUAUACGCACGAACCACCUACAAGAGCUCUGGCAAAUGAGUUUCAGGAAAAGCACAAAGAUUUAGACUGGCUACAUUAUAUCAAUUCGCUAACGGAACCGGAACAUACAAUCCGUCCUGAUGACUACCUGGAAUUUAUGUACACGGACUGUGUUAAAACUGCUCUCGAGCUCGUACGAGCAUCUCCAAAAAGAACAGUAGCCAAUUAUAUGUUUUGGCGUGCCGUGGAUGAUCUUUACUCGAUAAUAAUAUCCGAAAGCCUCGACAUUUAUGAUAUGAAAAGAACACGCGUAGAUAUUUGCAAAGAAAUCCUCAGAUAUAAUUUUAGCCCAUGGUCAUCAUUUGUAGCCUACGGAAAAAAAUUUUUAACAAAUAACUCUAGAGAACGCGCUACCGUCAUCUUCAAUCACGUGAAAAGGGAAUUUAAGCGCUUGUUCAACAUUAACAAGUGGAUGACCGAAGGUGACAAACAGAAGUUUAGGUAUAAAUUUAAUACAAUGACUGAAAUUGUUGGCAUCACAAAUGAUACCAUAAUUCACUCUACGUACCACGACUUGUUUAAAGAUAAUCUGAUACCUAAAGAUGGAUUUCUUAAAAUGUACCUGAACCUCAAAACGACGCUGAAUACGCUCUCGAAUAAUGCCAGAUUCCAGCAGCACUCUCAGGACUGGCGCUACUUACAAUUCUUGCUCGAUACAGACACUAUCUACUUUGGUACACAAAAUGCGAUCAUGCUACCAAUUGGGGCUUUACAAGACUGGUAUUACGACGAAUAUGGACCGAUGUACGUGAAUUUUGCGACAAUUGGUAAAAACCUUGCAGUUACGUUUGCUAAAGUGAUCACCAGCAUUGACGUUGCUUUUGAAGAGAAAAUACGUUGGUCAGAAGAAACCUUGAAAAACUACGAAGAAGAAACUAAUUGCGUUGAGCAAAAGGAAGUCAAGAGUUUGAUGGUGCAAUACUAUGAUUAUAAAAUACUAGAAUUGGGACAAAUUGUUGGGUUGAAAGUAGCCUACAACGCUUACAAAAAGUGGGUUGAGGAAAAUGAAGAAGAGUUGCCGGCUAAAGGCACGGGGUACAGUACAAAUCAGCUGUUUUGGAUAAUAGCUCUCACUGAUUCGUGUUUCGAGGAUGCUUAUGACUUCAAUUUCUUUGUACAUAAUGAACCAAUACAAAGAAACCCAAACUUUGCUUCAGAUUUUUCUUGUAGUACUAACGCUAAAAUGAAUCCACCUAAGAAAUGCAGUUUGUUGUAAAUAAAACUUAUUAAAUCUAAA